CGCUAUCAGCAUUGCGGCAAGAGAGAAACAGCUUGCACAUUACCGGAAAGAGAUGGAAACGUGAUAAGAGAGAGUCAGGGAAUUGAAUUGUUGUUGCACACCACCGAGAUGUCCUCGUGGCUAGCUCGAGCGACCGAGAAUCGCAAUGCUCAGUUCGUGACGACUGCAGUCGUGUCGGGAGUGGUCGUUGCAAGCGCGAUCCUCGGCCUUCAGAAAGCGAAGCGCAUGUACAGGGUGGCCGACUUAAAGGCUUCGAUACCAGACAUCACCGAUGAUCACCAUUCGACAAGACUCACCGAAUAUGGCGCCGCCUCGUCCGUCUUCAAACCUAGCAAAGAAGAUGAACGCUCCAUGGCCCUCGCAGCUCGCGCUCGCAAAGGCGACUACGACGACGACCUGAUCCUCGAGCAGCUGGCCCGCAACCGCGUCUUCCUCGGCGACGCAGGCCUCGAAAAACUCCGUAACGCAUUCAUCAUCAUCGUUGGCUGCGGCGGCGUCGGCUCCCACGCGGCAGCCGCCCUUGCCCGCUCAGGGUGCUCCAAGUUACGCUUAAUUGAUUUCGACCAAGUCACUUUGUCCUCUCUGAACCGCCACGCUCUGGCCACGCUUUCCGACGUAGGAACCCCCAAGGUGCAUUGCAUACGCCGACACCUCGAGAAAAUAACGCCCUGGACACACUUCGAAUGCCUGAACGCCCUGUUCUCCGCCCAGAGCGCCCCAACCCAACUAUCCCCUCUCAACGGCCAAGCACCAGACUUCGUCAUCGACGCCAUCGACAACAUCGACUCCAAAGUCGCGCUCCUGCACUACUGCUACACGAACUCCAUCCCCGUUAUCUCCUCCAUGGGCGCGGGCUGUAAGAGCGACCCCACACGCCUCUUUAUCGGCGACAUCAGCACAUCCACCGACGACCCCUUAUCCAAGUCGACGCGCCGCAAACUGCGUCUCCUCGGUGUCAGCUCCGGGAUCCCCGUCGUGUACUCCACCGAGCGCCCCGGUCCCGGCAAAGCCGAGCUCCAGCCGCUCAAGCAAGAAGAGUUCGAAAAGGGCAAUGUGGGUGAACUCGGCGUACUGGCAGAUUUCCGCGUGCGCAUAUUGCCUGUGCUGGGCACCAUGCCCGCCAUCUUCGGGCUCAGCGUCGCGAACCACGUCAUCCUUUCCAUCACCGGAUACCCCAACGAAUAUCUACCCAGCAAGUCGCGCGACAAAAUGUACGACGGCAUUCUCGGCGCGCUGCAAGGCAGUGAAGAGCGUCUGGCACGCCACAUAACCGGGCAGCCCGCGCAAGGGCUUAAAAUCCCAAUUACGCAGGACGACGUCGGGUAUUUGGUCGAAGAAGUGUACAAUGCGCGCAGCAUCAUCAGCGGCCUCUCCACUCGGCUUUUCUUGACGAGGUGGAAGAAGCCCGCGAAAGAGAUGCUGGAUGAGAGCACACCCGGGCAGAAGUGCAGUCGUCUUCAGAUGAAGGACCUGGUUUGCAUGACGAAAGAAGAGAUUGCGAGGCAUGAGAAGGAGGUGCUCAAGGGGGAGAAGAGUGUGGUGGAGGUUUAUGGGGAGGAGAUUGUGAGGAGGGUGGAAGGGAGGUUGGAGGAGGAGGAGAGGUUUGAGAGGUUUAGAUGAUGGACUGCUGAGUGAAGCGAGUUGGAAAGCGAGGUGAACUGUGAGCUAUGUACAGAUGUAUGUGUAUUAUGUCGUAUGCGAGAGAGUACUCUGGGCAGCUUUUGCAGUUCCGAGUAUGUCUGUUCGACGUUGCCUUCAUCUCAACACAACAUCACCUCUGGACACCAUCAGCACAUACUCCCAACUCACAAAACCUCUCUUGCUGUUAGCCGUUC